GCCAGCAGCCCAGGGAAGAAAAGUUUUGCAGAGCGAGUGAGCGAGGGAGGAGGAGGAGGAGGAGGAAGAGGAGGAAGGAACCAGAUUGAGGGGCCCCGAUCUCUCUCUCUCUGGCUGCAAGUUGGUGACUGUCCCCGCGGGCGCGCGCGCGCCCAGGGCGCAGCCCGGACUUGGGCCUUCCCCGGCUGCCCCGGAGGCGGAAGAAGCCCCAGCCUCCAGAUCUGGGGUUUGGAGGCUCCUGCCUAGUAGAGGCCAGAGAGAGAGAGAGAGAGAGAGAGAGAGAGAGGAGAGAGAGAGAGAGAGAGACAGGAGAGGGACCUCUCCCGCCAGCUGUCGCCGCCCGGGCCUCGCCUCGGUCUGCAGGGCGCUCCGGAGGAGUCGGGAGGGGUGGGGAGGGGACCGCUGGGAUUCGUCCGGAGUUCCGGCUGCAGCUGCCUUUGUCCUCGCAGGACCUCCCUCUCCUCUCUCUUGUCCGUCCUCUGUCCCCGGGUGGCUCCCCCUGCCCCAGCUCCUGGCCCGGGGUGGCACCCCCGCAGCAGCAGCAAGCAAGGCGGGUCCCCGGUGGGUCCCCCGGCUCCGCGUCCCCACCGAGCCCGGCCCGGGGGAGCAGAAGGGGCUGCGAGCCGCAGCAGCGGGAGGAGGGCGUCGCAGGCCCGGGGCCGCAGGAUGGUGGCGGGGCGCCGGGCGCUGCCCGCGCUGUGGCUGGUGCUGGCGCUCGGCGGGCUCGGGGGGCCCCUGCGCGCCCAGGAGCGGCCGUCCUGCAGGAGAGCCUUCGACCUCUACUUCGUGCUGGACAAGUCUGGGAGCGUGGCCAAUAACUGGAUUGAAAUUUAUGAUUUUGUGCAGCAACUGGCGGAGAGAUUUGUAAGCCCUGAAAUGAGAUUAUCUUUCAUCGUGUUUUCUUCUCAAGCCACCAUUAUUCUGCCGUUAACGGGAGACAGAGGCAAAAUCAGUAAAGGCUUGGAGGAUUUGAAAAGUGUUAGUCCAGUAGGAGAAACUUAUAUCCACGAAGGCCGGAGUCUAGCAAAUGAACAGAUCCAGAAAGCGGGGGGCUUAAAAACCUCCAGCAUCAUCAUUGCCCUGACAGACGGGAAGCUGGACGGUCUGGUGCCCUCCUAUGCCGAGAAGGAGGCAAAGCUUUCCAGGUCACUUGGGGCUAGCGUUUAUUGCGUUGGUGUCCUUGAUUUUGAACAAGCUCAGCUCGAAAGAAUUGCAGAUUCCAAAGAGCAAGUCUUCCCUGUCAAAGGUGGAUUUCAAGCUCUUAAAGGAAUAAUUAAUUCUAUCCUAGCUCAGUCGUGUACCGAAAUCCUAGAAUUGCAGCCAUCGAGUGUCUGUGUAGGGGAGGAAUUUCAGAUCGUUUUGAACGGAAGAGGGUUCACCUUGGGGAGCCGGAAUGGCAGUGCCUUGUGUACUUACACCGUGAAUGGGACGUACACGAAGAGUAAUGUGAAGCCGUGAGCGUCAGUGAUUCUUGCUUGCCCGCGCCCCAAGCUGACCGUGGCUGGAGAAACUCUUGAUGUUUCAGUGAGCUUUAAUGGAGGGAAAUCUGUGAUCUCGAGCUCCUUAAUUGUUACAGCCACAGAAUGUUCUAACGGGAUUGCAGCCCUCAUUGUCAUUCUGGUGCUGCUGCUCCUCUUGGGCAUCGCUUUGAUGUGGUGGUUUUGGCCCCUUUUCUGCAAGGUGGUUAUCAAAGAUCCUCCACCACCACCACCACCUUCGGCACCCAAAGAGGAGGAAGAAGAACCUCUGCCUUCUAAGAAAUGGCCAACCGUGGACGCUUCCUAUUACGGCGGUCGGGGAGUUGGAGGAAUUAAAAGAAUGGAGGUUCCGCUGGGUGACAAAGGGUCGACUGAGGAGGGCGCGAGGCUGGAGAAAGCCAAGAACGCUGUGGUGAAGAUUCCGGAAGAAGCGGAGGAGCCCCCCAGGCCCAGACCUCCACGACCCAGGCCCACACACCAGCCUCCCCAGACGAAGUGGUACACGCCCAUCAAGGGUCGCCUGGAUGCUCUCUGGGCUCUGCUUCAGCGACAGUACGACCGGGUUUCCUUGAUGCGACCCCAAGAAGGAGAUGAGGUUUGUAGAUGGUAGUCUUGGGCAAGCGCCGACCGCUUGGGUCACUAUUAUGAAGGUAGGGAGAUAAUCAUAAAAAAUAAGGUCAGGCCGGGCGCGGUGG